AUGCCUUCCAGACACCACAACCGUGAAAGUCAUCACCGCGACCGCAGUACUUCUAGACAUCGUAACCGUUCUCGCCGUCGUGAAAGCAGCCAACAUCGACCGUCACCGCGCCUCGUUAUUCGCCCACCUCCUGCUGGACCACUCGACCUCGACCCCGACCGUCUCCGGGAGCGCUUUGAGCAUCGGCAUGCCACGAGCCCACGAACACCAAGAAUGCCUUUCACCAAUUUAGCUAUGGCCGCGAGCCCAGCAACACCAAUGCUCAGCCCAGAACUGGCAAACGCAUAUGGCUACGGGACCAUGGCACCACUCUCCCCCUCCGCACCUCUUUACACACACUACAGCCCGGGAUCCGCACCAGUCCCCGCAUCCCCAGCGCGAAGCCACCAUAGCCACCACAGCCAACCACGUCCACGCACACCCCUAUUCACCGAGGCCCAAAUGUGGGAACACCUCUCCAACGAGCUUUCCCCAGCCUACGACUCAAUCCUCUCCGUAAUCCACCGAGAAUUCGCCAUCCCGCCCAACCUGCAACCCGUAUCCGUCGACUACCGUCUCGUAGCCACGGACCUGGACCCAGCGACUCAUUACCAAACAUGGCACCAACAAAAAGGCGCCCUCUGGCGCGCAACACGCGACCGAGCUCCAAUCCUCUCGGUAACAUUACACGUCUGGAUGCCUCCCAAGGGUCCUGCCCCACCCUCCAGCCGCUCGCACCGUGGCUCAUCACAAUCCGACCGCAUAUUCGCCGACGCCGGGGCACGCGCACAUCGCGCCCUAACCACGGGAGGGCCAAGCUCCAUGCUCUCAUUAUCCCUCGCCGCCUACCAACCCCCACUCCACGGUCUCCCCUUCCGCAAAUCCGGGGACUUGGUACACAGCACACUGGAACUACAAGAAGGCGCCGCGGACGUAACUAUGGUCUCGAUGCCCCUCUCCCUAGUCUACCUCCCGCGUCAAAACGAUCGCGGAGAACUCGUGUACGAACGUUUCCGCACCGAAGCAGUAGAUGCACGAGCGCGGUUGGGAAAGUGGGCUCAACGGUGGCAUGUAGAUUUACGUCGUAUAAUGGGCGAUGAAGCGUAUGUGCGGGGUGGGUAUUCGAUUGUGUAG